GAACAGCAUGGAGGAGAAUGACCCCAAGCCCAUCGAAGCGGCGGCGGCGGCGGCGGAGGGGCAGCGGCAGCCGGAAUCCAGCCCCGGCGGUGGCUCCGGUGGCGGCGGCGGCGGCGGCGGCGGCAGCAGCAGCCCGGGCGACGCGGACACUGGCCGCCGGCGGGCUCUGAUGCUGCCCGCGGUCCUGCAGGCGCCGGGCAACCACCAGCACCCGCACCGCAUCACCAACUUCUUCAUCUCGGACAUCCUGCGGCCCGAGUUCGGCCGCAGAAAGGACGCGGGGACGUGCUGUGCCGGCGCGGGAGGAGGAAGAGGCGGUGGAGCCGGCGGCGAAGGUGGCGCGGGCGGCGCGGAAGGAGGAGGCGGUGGCGCGGGCGGCGCCGAGCAGCUCCUGGGGUCGGGCCGGGAGGCCCGGCAGAACGCGCCCGGGGCGCCCGGGGCGGGCGGGCCGCUUCCCGCCGGCGGCGGCGACUCUCCGGGCGACGGGGAAGGCGGCUCCAAGGCGCUCUCGCUGCACGGCGGCGCCAAGAAAGGCGGCGACGCCGGGGGCCCCCUGGACGGGGCGCUCAAGGCCCGCGGCUUGGGCGGCGGCGACCUGUCGGUGAGCUCGGACUCGGACAGCUCGCAGGCCAGCGCCAACCUGGGCGCGCAGCCCAUGCUUUGGCCGGCCUGGGUCUACUGCACGCGCUACUCCGACCGGCCGUCUUCAGGUCCCAGGUCUCGCAAACCAAAGAAGAAGAACCCCAACAAAGAGGACAAGAGGCCGCGCACGGCCUUCACGGCCGAGCAGCUGCAGAGGCUCAAGGCCGAGUUCCAGACCAACAGGUACCUGACGGAGCAGCGCCGCCAGAGCCUGGCGCAGGAGCUCAGCCUCAACGAGUCGCAGAUCAAGAUCUGGUUUCAGAACAAGCGCGCCAAGAUCAAGAAGGCCACGGGCAACAAGAACACGCUGGCCGUGCACCUCAUGGCACAGGGCCUGUACAACCACUCGACCACGGCCAAGGAGGGCAAGUCGGACAGCGAGUAGGGCGGGCGGGCGCGAGUCCAGUCUCAGUCCACGCUAAACAAUGCAAUAAUUUAAAAUCAUAAAGGGCCAGUGUAUAAAGAUUAUACCAGCAUUAAUAGUGAAAAUAUCGUGUGUUCGCUACGGUUCUGCAAUAUUCUAUGUAUAUGUAAUUUACAGGUGGUGUAAAAUCCAAAAUAUCUGACUAUAAAAUAUUUUUUUGAGUUUUUCUGUGUUUAUGAGAUUAUGCUAAUUUUAUGAUUUUUUUUUUUUUGUGCGAAGGGGGGCUGCUUAGGGUUUCAUCUUUUUUAAUCCCCUAAGCUCCAUGGUGGGACAUCGGACACUUUUAUUUUUUAAUUUCAGAAGAAGAAAAAAAAAAUUAAAACAACUUGCUAAAGUCCAAAGAUUUUUAUUGCUGCAUUUCACACGACUGUGAACCGAAUAAAUAGCUCCUACUUGGUCUGUGAGUCCUGCCACUUUGUUUGUGUGGGCUUGGUGAGGACAGCAGGAGGGUAUGUAGCCCCCCCUGCCCUGCCCCGGGCUGGGGGGAGCACAGGGGCCCCCGCAGGAGCGCCCUGGGAAGCGGGCCCUUGGUGAUGGGCAGCCCAGGCCCCAGCCUCACCAGGCCCCCCUCCUCCUGCCUUCCCUCCCUUUCCUCCCCCUCCCCCUCCCCUCCCCCUCCUCCCCCUCCCCCUCCCCCUCCUCCUCCUCGCCAAGGCCUGGCCAGCACCUCUGUGUAUGCUUCAUCUCUGUCGUGUCGCUGUCCCCUAUCCAGCCGCCCACUGCCAGGGCCAGCUCUCUCGCCUCCAGGCACCACUUCGGGGACCCCUGGCCCAGCCUCUGGCCAGAGGCCCCUUGUCCCUCCAGGCCCAGGGAGUCUCCUGUGGCUCCAUCAGCCACGCCAGGCGCUCGCUCGCGUGGGCCCCAGAAAUGGCAGAGGUCUGCUGCCUCUGGGCGGGCACAGGGCUCCCGAGAGGGGAGUUGGUAUUUUUUCUUCCUUUCUGUUUGUUUUUUUCUUCCUUUCCUUUUCUUUUCUUUUUUUUUUUAAGUGGCUGCUUCUGCUACGGAGAGCAUUCUUUCAAGCUGCAUAUGCGCGUGUACAUAUCUAUGCAUUGCGUGUACACGUGCACAAGCGGGCCUGUGAGAGUCCAGUUUCCGAACAUGUGGCUAGCUUGACUUUCAAAGGAACUCAGAAUCCUCCAGGAUCUAGAGGAAGGAAGAAAAAUGUGUAAAUAAUCAUUUCUUAUCGCUUUUUGUCUUUUCUUGUUUUUUUUUUAAUAUACAUUUUAUUUUUUGACGGUGUGGUACAGUGUAAAUUAAAUAUAUUCAAUAUAUCCCCACCAAGUACAUAUAUAUAAACAAACACAGUAUCUAUAUAUAUAACUCUGCACUGUCUUCUGUUUGGUGUAUGGAAAAAGAAUCGUGUCCAAAUGUCCAUGUGCAGCCGGGACGGCCCCGGGGGUGUGCCCGUGGCUGAGGCAGGCCCACGGCUGGACCCCUGAGGACUGAGGGUGAACUUCUCUCUUUGCCUUAAACCUCUAUUUCCCUGCGAUACCACUUUUAUUUUGUACAUACUCGUGCAAACCUUUUUAAAAAGGAAACUAUAAAAAGAAAAGCUGUAAUUUAAAAUUCUGUGAAAUAACCAACUGCUGCUUAGGAAACUUCAAUGAAAUGAUAAUGCCUUUUUAGCAGGAAGCAAAGUUUUGGGGUUUUUAUUUUUUUAUUUCUUUUUUUUUUUUCGUUUCUAAAACGUGCAUUUUACAGUUCCAAUAUCAAAUAUUUAUAAUCUUAUGAGAAAUGAAUGUUUCUAUUUACAACUGUGGUUAUCAGCAUUGUGAACAUUCCCCUUGCAUUUUUUGUGUGUUCCAAUUCUUGAAAGUUACAUGAAAUAAAAAAAAAAAAACUGCUUUAUUGUAAAACA